GCGUUUUCUCGCGUUUUAUUGACGACGUGGGCCUUUUCCCUGCCCGACACACCAACAACUCGCCAACACCAACCCUCGCUACCCCUCUCCAACAAUAGACUGUCCCGCCAUUUUGGUCAGCUUGAGACACGCUUCUCUCGCUGGUUCUCUCUGACAUCCUUCUUAAUAUUUCGUUCUCUCUUUUUUUUCUUCUCUUUCUGUCAGCCAAAAAUACAAUGGCGACACAACGAGUGGCGUCCAGCGAUCCUGGAUUCAUGGCUUCGGACGGACCGUCGAGAACGCCGCGGGCAGGCCGAUUGCCCGGCUCUUCGAGCAGCCUCCGACCUGCAGUGCCGCCCUCCGAGAGCCUCGGUGCGCUCAGCGACGGUGAGGGCGAAGGGUUUGCCGACGACCAGGUCCCCGUACGAGCGAGGCCGACGGACCCCGCCAACAUCCCGAGGGUGGAAGACAAGAUCGGCCUCAUUAUCCAGCAAUUGUUCGAAGAGUUCAUCGAGAACUACGUCGAGACGCCGAGGGCAUCCGGACAGCCAACGUCGAGCGCCGUCACCACGGACAAGUACUAUGUCGCUCAGAUACACGGCCUGCGGACCCACCAACUAUCUACCUUCUACGUCGACUACAAGCAUCUGGAGAGCUGGAGCAGCGGCGCGUUGGCCACCGGCAUCAUGGAGUCGUACUACCGCUUCCUCCCCUUCCUGACUGCCGCGCUGCACAACAUGAUCGCCAAGUACGAGCCGCAGUACUUCCGCGAGCACCGCCAGCCCACCGCCUCCAGCCAGCAGCACACGUCGGGCGCCAGCAACAUGGGCUCGGCCAGCCAGAGCGAGCUGAGCAGCAAGACGGCGAACCAGCAGACCGACAAGCUGUUCUCCAUCGCCUUCUACAACCUGCCGCUGGUCUCGCGCGUGCGCGCCCUGCGCGCCCGCAACAUCGGCCAGCUGCUCUCCAUCAGCGGCACCGUCACCCGCACGUCCGAGGUCCGCCCGGAGCUGGCCCUCGCCACCUUCGUCUGCGAGGCCUGCCUCAGCGUGGUGCCCGACGUCGAGCAGACCUUCCGCUACACCGAGCCGACCCAGUGCCCCAACGCCACCUGUCUGAACCGGACCGCCUGGCGGCUGGACAUCCGGAAGAGCACCUUUGUCGACUGGCAGAAGGUGCGCGUGCAGGAGAACAGCAACGAGAUCCCGACCGGCAGCAUGCCGCGCACCAUGGACAUCAUCCUCCGCGGCGAGAUGGUCGACCGCGCCAAGGCUGGCGAGAAGUGCAUCUUCACCGGUGCCCUGAUUGUCGUUCCGGAUGUCAGCCAGCUGGGCCUGCCCGGUCUCCGGAGGGUGGCCGUCCGGGACGACCGAGGAGCCGACGCCGGCGGCAGUGGCGUGACCGGCCUGAAGUCCCUGGGCGUCCGCGACCUCACCUACCGUCUGGCCUUCCUCGCCUGCAUGGUGAGCCCCGACGUCUCGUCGAUCGGUGCGUCUGGCGAAGCGCAGAUCGUCGACAUCGUCGGCGCCAUGACCGGGAACGCCAACGUCGAGACGGCCGAGACGGUGCGGGAGCUGCAGGACGCGAUGCUGUCGUCCUACACGGAAGAGGAGGUGCAGGAUCUCCGCGCCAUGGUGCACAGCGACCACGUCUACAGCCGGCUGGUGCAGUCGAUCGCGCCCAUGAUAUACGGCCACGAGAUCGUCAAGAAGGGCAUCCUGCUGCAGCUGCUGUCGGGCGUGACCAAGACCACGGCCGAGGGCAUGCAGCUCCGCGGCGACAUCAACAUCUGCAUCGUCGGCGACCCCUCGACGGCCAAAUCCCAGUUCCUCAAAUACGUCUGCAACUUCGCGCCGCGCGCCGUCUACACCUCGGGCAAGGCCUCGUCCGCCGCCGGUCUCACGGCCGCGGUCGUCAAGGACGAGGAGACGGGCGAGUUCACCAUCGAAGCCGGCGCGCUGAUGCUCGCCGACAACGGCAUCUGCUGCAUCGACGAGUUCGACAAGAUGGACAUCGCGGACCAGGUGGCCAUCCACGAGGCCAUGGAGCAGCAGACCAUCUCGAUCGCCAAGGCGGGCAUCCAGGCGACGCUCAACGCGCGCACGUCCAUCCUGGCGGCCGCGAACCCGGUGGGCGGGCGGUACAACCGCAAGACGACGCUGCGCGCCAACAUCAACAUGUCGGCGCCCAUCAUGUCGCGCUUCGACCUCUUCUUCGUCAUCCUGGACGAGUGCAACGAGCAGGUCGACCGCCACCUGGCCGAGCACAUCGUCGGCAUCCACCAGAACCGCGACGCGGCCGUCAGCCCGGAGUUCUCGACCGAGCAGCUGCAGCGCUACAUCCGCUUCGCCCGCACCUUCCGCCCGGAGUUCACCGAGGAGGCCAAGGAGGUGCUCGUGCAGCGCUACAAGGAUCUGCGCGCCGACGACGCCCAGGGCGGCGUCGGCCGCAACAGCUACCGCAUCACCGUGCGCCAGCUCGAGAGCAUGAUCCGCCUGUCCGAGGCCAUCGCCAAGGCGAACUGCGUCGAGGACAUCACUCCGGAUUUUGUCAACGAGGCGUAUAACCUGCUGCGGCAGAGCAUCAUCUCGGUGGAGCACGACGAUGUAGAGGUAGAUGACGAGGAGGAGGAAGCAGCGGGGCCGGAGAGCGGGGAGGCGCUGCGGCGCGCGGCGGAUGCGGCUGCCGGGGUGGGCGCGCACGCCGAUGGCGACGAGCGGAUGGAGGACGACGCGGACAACGGCGACGGGCAGGCAGCGCGCCAGACCUCGGCUGGCCCCUCAGCGGCGGCGCAAAGAGAAAAGCAGACCAUUUCGUACGACAAGUACAUCAGCAUCGUCAACAUGCUGGUAUCGCGCGUGGCCGAGGACGAGGCGGAGGGCAGCGGCGAGGGCGUCGACGGCGACGCGCUCGUGCAGUGGUACCUGGAGCAGAAGGAGGACGAGCUGCACAGCGAGGAGGAGUACAACAGCGAGAUGGCGCUGGCGAGGAAGGUGCUGAAGAAGAUGGUCAAGGACAACAUCCUCAUGGCGAUCCGCGGGCAGGGCAUGGCGGACGCGGAUGAUGCUGGUGAAGGCAGCUCGGCACAGGCGGCCCAGGUCGUCUACGUGUUGCAUCCCAACUGCGCGGUGGAGGAGUAUUGAUCUAGGCCGGAAACGAUGGUCAUCAGGCGGGAUCGGGACGGGUGGAUACACGAGACGGGCGUCAGGAGUUUGGGACCGUGGGAGGGGAGGGCAUAUGGCUUGGUCCUGGAAUUGAAUUAGACAUUAGUGGAGCGUGUGAGCGUGUACAACCGCUGGGAGGUAUGCCACCGAACUAAGGGGAAUA